GAUUGGUUGGAUUAUUUACUAUCACUACUAUGGGCGGGGCAAUGGUGUGAUUGGCUGUGUUAUUCUAGCUGUCAGUCGCUCUGGAAAUCGUUCUAAAAUGAGCGGACACGGACCGGGGGCGACCCCGGGAUUCGCAGCAAUAGGAGGCCCAGUACACAGCACUAGCGGCAGCGGCCAGGGAGCUGUCAUCCGGGUGCUGAAGAGAAAUAUGAAGCGGAGUGGUAGCAGAAACUGUUUGAACCAGAAGAGUUGCCUUGGCUCACGUGAGCGGGAAUGGCUGAGAGAAGAUCCAAAUAGAGGCUGCGUUUAUGUGUAUGGAACAGACACUAGUGCUUCCAGCCCUGACCUUCUUGUAGUCCUCUGUACAGUGGAAACCUCUGCAUCAGAGAUCUGUACUAGUGAGGGGAAAGAUGGCCUUUAUAUUCAACUCAACUGAGAUCUUGUCAGGAGGCUGGAUCCUCAGGAGCGACCUCUGCACAUGAUAUAUAAAUACUUAGCUGCUUUGGGCUUUCACGAUUCCCUGCGGAUACAAGAGGAAUCGGCUUACUCAGACCUCAGCUGCAUGAUCCGGUUUUAUAGCGAGAUGCCAAUCCCAGUGGAACAGUUGGACCGGAUUUUAUUAUCUGGAGAGUUUAUGGUGCGGAAAGGCAAAACUCAACUACACAAGUGGACGGAGAGACAAGUUGCACUUUGUGGGACAAGUUUAAUUGUAUCUUCCGUGAAGGACUGUCAGGCAGGAAAAAUGCACAUUCUGCCCCUUGUUGAGGGCAAGAUUGAAGAGAUUAAACGCCGGCCACAGUGUCUGGCAUUCUAUUCGUCAGGAGCCCAGGCUCAGAUGUACCACGUCAGUUUUAAGUCCCCUGCAGAUUAUCAACGAUGGUACCGCCAGGCAUCUAUUGUUGUGUCACAGAGGCCUGGCGCAGUUGAUCUGUCAUGUCAAAGCUUGGAGGGGGUUCCAGAGCAUCUGUUCUACAGCCAGGACAUCACAUCCUUAAAUCUACGCCAUAACUUCAUGAAUCUACAAAGUUCCGGGGGAAUAAGCACCCUCUGCAGUCUACAGACUCUAAACCUGGAUGGGAAUUUGUUAACCUCAUUACCUGAGGAGCUUGGAUCUUUGCAGCAACUGUCAACUUUUGGAUUGGCAUUCAGUGACCUGAGCAGUAUUCCAAAAGUCUAUGAGAAACUGAUCGCUCUGGAAAAGUUGUGUAUGGCAGGGAACCGGCUAGAAGCCUUAAGCCUUCAGAUCCUAAAUAAUAUGCCUCAUUUGAAGCACAUUGACGUAAGGAUGAAUUUGAUUACACACAUUACAAGUAGUAGUCUAGCAGGGAUAAACCACAUCACUUACAUCGAUGUACGUGAUAAUCGUCUAACAGCAUUGGAUCUCAGCUGCUUGGGGAAUCUGGAGCAACUGCACUGUGAGCGCAAUCGGCUGCAGGAACUUUCACUCUGUGGCUUCUCUCUGAAGUCUGUUUUUGCCAGCUUCAAUAGUUUAACAUCCGUUAGUGUGUACCCGGCCCCUCUUCAGCUCAAUUGUUUGGAAAUAGCCAGGAAUUGCUUGGCAUCAGUUCUUAAGUGGGUGUGUGAGGCUAGAAAGUUGGAGGUUUUGGAUCUGAGCUGGAACUUACUAACUGAUCUGCCAUUAAGGUUGAUGAGCAGUUUGAGUCUGCAGAAAUUGCUUAUUGGGCAUAACUUUCUCCAAUGCUUACCAAGUCCUGUCGAGAUUAUCCCACUGGACACUUUAGAUGUGCAGCAUAAUUCACUAAAGCAUCUUCCUGGUUCACUCUUCACAAUGGCUAUAAAUCUCAGGUUUCUCAAUGCAUCUGCAAAUUCACUGGAGUUCUUACCACCAGUGUGCAUUGAAAUGGACAUUGUGAGCCAACUUCAAGUUCUCUACAUAACCAACAAUCGUCUUACAGACCAGUGUGUUCCUACAUUAACUAUGCACAUGAACCUCAGGGUCCUGCAUAUGGCCUACAAUCAGUUGGAUACCUUCCCAUGUAGCAAACUCAAUAAACUGGAAAAUUUGGAAGAACUGGACCUUAGUGGAAAUCGCCUCAAGUCACUCCCAAGCACUGUGUCCAACUGCAAGCGUCUCCACACUCUGACUGCUCACUCCAACUGCAUCAACGUAUUUCCUGAAAUCUUUAACCUUCCACAUAUCCAGUUGGUUGACUUGAGCUGUAACAGUCUGACCGAAAUCCUGGUUCCUGAAAAUCUCCCACCUGUCCUGCGUGAGCUAGACCUGCAAGGGAACAGUGACCUGGUCUUGAGUCAUCAGCUCCUUGACUUCCUCAGCCAUAUCCCCAUCAGAAUUGACAACAAGCCUGUGCCAAAAUCAGACCUGAGUGUGCCAUCUGUACCCUGGACUCAUGGUUUGGCAGAGAUGUCUGGACAGAGAAACAAGCUGUGCGUGUCUUCCCUGGCCAUAGCGGACUUUACAGAAGAGGUGGACGCAUUGUAUGGCAUGUUUGAUGGAGACAAAAAUGAAGAGGUGCCACGUUUACUGCAGUGCACUGUGGGCGAUGUUCUCCUUGAAGAGAUCCAAAGAUCAAGCUGUGACAAAGCUUUUAUGUGCCUCACAUUCCUAGUGUCACACGGGAAGCUGGGAAUGGCCGGUCAGAAACUGGGCUCUUCAGCACUCUUGUGUUACAUUGGACAUGAGGUGUCAGAUGGUAACAGUAGUUACACUCUUACCAAUGUGGGGACAUGCCAGGCUGUCUUGUGUCGGAACGGGCAAACAAUUUCCCUAUCACAAGUAUUCAGUUUAGAACAUUGCCCUGAGGAACUGCAAAGGAUCAAAGAGCAAAAAGCAAUUAUCACAGAGGAUAACAAGGUAAAUGGAGUAACCUGCUGCACACGUUUGCUAGGCUGCACAUAUCUGUAUCCUUGGGUGAUUCCUGAUCCACAUAUCUCAACAGUAGCUCUCAGUGUACAGGAUGAAUUUUUGAUUCUUGGGAAUAGAGGUUUAUGGGAGCAUGUUCCUCCGAAGGAAGCUGUGGAAGCCAUACGUCACUUGCCUAAUCCAAGAGCAGCUGCAAAGAAGCUCUGCACUUUAGCACUAAGCUAUGGUUGUCAGGAUAAUGUUGCUGCCCUGGUGAUUUAUCUGAACAUUGGAGAGGAUUCUUGCACUUGUGACAUGCACGCUCUGGCUUUGUCUAGCCCAUCUGCUUUAACUUCCUCGACUACAACAAAAGAAUCUCCUGACUCGGUGACACCAUCUUCCAGCAGUGGCAUUGCAUCUGAAUUCAGCAGCGAGAUAUCUGUCUCGGAGGUGAGCAGUGAUGUGGGCUCCACUGCAUCUGAUGAGCACACAGUAGCAAGUUUGGACAGUGGACUCCUCACUAGACCAGAACGAAGAUGCAGUCUCCAUCCUGUUUCAUCGAACAGCACUUUCCAGCGACAGCCAUCUUGUGCCACAUUUUCAAGCAAUCAGUCAGAUAAUGGCUUGGACAGCGAUGAUGAGCUGCAAGCAGAAACAAUCAACUGCAAUGGUAGCAAAGUAGAAGUAGAUAUUCACUGUAAUAAGCAGCAGAGUUCUGAAGCUCUGGCCUUUGGCUCAUCUUGGGAAGUAGAGGAAGAGUGUUGUGGGAUAUCGGUACAAAUACUUAGACAGAACAGUGUAAACCAACAGAACAUAGCAGGUUCAAGCCAAGAUGAUAUGCCUCUUACUUCUAGAUCACGCAUGUUCAUGAAACAACACUCAAAUAGUUCUGUGAUGCUGCUGGAAGAGAUUCUGGACUUGAUUGAAGUUGCUUCUGAGGCUCCUAAAAGAAAAACUGGCUACUUUUCUGCUCCUUCUCAAAUAGACCCUGAUCCUUCUCAGAUGGAGAAUGAAAUGAGGGUACAGUUGGGUGAUGCAGACAGUGCUAUAGGUAAUAAUGGCAACUCACAGGCAGAGUUUGGUACAGCUUUGUGACAUGGAAGCAGGAGCUGGAGCUACAUUCUCUGUUCAGCAUUGCACAUUUUUGUAGCAGAACUUUUGAGCUGGUGCUCACUUAGUUUUUCCUUUGAAGAAAUUGUUUUGUGAACUGCUGAUUUAAAACCUGUUUCCCCCCCCUUUACCUGUAAUGAAUGAAAUAUUCAGCCAAUCACAAUAAUACCUCUUUGUGUUCUGCUAUUUCAAGCCAUUUUAUAUUUGAUUUUAUGUGCAUACGUUAUAAUCCGUUCUAUUUCCCCUUAAAUCUGAAUCAGAAAUCCAAUAAGGUAAAUGGUUAUAUAGGCCUGAUUCCAUGUAAGUCAUUCUGCCAUUAGUAUAUUGUCCAAGGUCAAGCAUUGUCCAAGGUCAAGCAUGGUCAACUCAUGCAUGCUCUAAGGUGCUGUCCCUUUCUUGACUUGCCAAAGAGCAUAGGCAUUCCAUUCCAGCAGGUAUGCCUCCACAUUCUUUUAUUACGAUACACACCAGGAUUCCCACACCUUGCAGAACACUUGUGUGGAAGCACUUUUUAGAUUUAUAUAUUUUAAAGGUAUUUAUGAAUUUCCUUAAUUCUACACUAUUUGAGCCAUUUCUUAGUAUGUGAACAUAACAUUCCUUCUUCUACAUAUCUGUAUUUUUACAUGUAAGUGGGAGCUCUCAUAUUUCUAGACAUAACUUGAAUAUGGCAGCGGCUGAAGGUUAAGCUGUAUCCCGACAAUAUUAUUUUUUGGAAAAUAGAUGGAGGAUAAACAAUACUUCUAAAUAACUUGUCUUUGCCAUAUACUGUAAAUACCAGGGGGCAAAUUUACUAAGCACGGAAAAUUCGACAGCGACGGCUUCACAGGCAGAG